UCCACGCCGACCUUGGAGUCAAACUGAACAGAUGCUUUCUUGUUUACAGUAGUACUUCAACAAACGCGAGAACUUAACUCUCUAUUUGAGAAUUUCUUCCUCACCGGGGAAUGUAUUAAUUAGAUAUUUUUUUUGCUCAGUGAGAAAUUUAAGUAUUCCUGAUGGCGUCAACGAUGAGUAGAAUUUGUGGUGUUUUGAAGUCGAUGCAAACUGGUCAGAAGAUAUGCAGUCGUUCAGUUCAGAGCGCAGUUGGUGUGAAAGAGGAUUUGUCUCGCUUUGAUCCUGUGCAGGUCAAACUAUUAGAUGAAAUGUGCAUUGCAGUUGAUGAAAAUGAUAAAGUAAUUGGGCCUCGAACAAAAAAAGAUUGCCAUUUGAUGGAAAAUAUUAAGAAAGGUUUGCUGCAUAGAGCUUUUAGUGUGUUCCUUUUCAACAGCAAGGGAGAACUUUUGUUGCAGCAAAGAUCUGAUGCAAAAAUAACAUUUCCAGGUUAUUUUACCAACACCUGCUGUAGUCAUCCUCUGUACAUUGAUUCUGAAUUAGAAGAAAUUAAAGCCCUUGGUGUUAAACGAGCUGCUCAAAGAAGAUUGCACAUUGAGUUGGGAGUGGAGCCUGACAGUAUUAAUGCUCACGAAUUUCUAUACAUGACAAGAUUCAAAUAUACUGCACCAUCUGAUGAAAAAUGGGGUGAAAGAGAAAUUGAUUAUGUCCUUUUUGUACAAAAGGAUGUGGAAAUCAAUCCAAACCCAAAUGAAGUCAAAGACUGUAUUUACUUAUCUCGAGAAAAUCUAAAGCCUUUCUUAGAUGGUGUCCAGAAGAAAGGCUAUAAAAUAACACCCUGGUUCAAGCUCAUUGCUAAUAAUUUUUUGUCCCAGUAUUGGGAUAAUUUGGACAAACUAAAGCCAUUGCGUGAUCACAAAACCAUUCAUGAUCUCUAGUGAUAGAAGAAGCUGAUUUGAAACAAAGCAUAUCUUUUGAACAAUGUGUGUGCUUCAUUGCUUAUAUCUUCCAUUUAUUCUUUUUUUAUUAUAUGUUGAGACUUAAAAUGAUAAAUUUUGCAUGUUUGUAUUAAAAAAAAAUGUUUGUAGUUUGAAUAUAUGUUAUAUCUGUUAUACACUUAAGGGUUUAAGGUAGGGUUUUGUAUAUUUUUGAAGUCUUAUACCAUUUGUAGAUACUAACAUUGAAAUAAAGAUUUUACUGUUUUUAAA